UGUAACCUGCUGCCGCGUGACGUCACGAGACACCAGGAAGCUGCCGAUCCGCGCGCGCGCUCACUGAGAUCCGAGAGUUUAGGUUUGGGAGAAAAACGGAAAACCCAGUGGAACACCAAUACCGACGGUGACGGCCGACGCCAGGAUAGCAGCCACGGGCUCGAAGCGGGGGCAACCCGGCUCUUGUCCCAAGAAAGGAAUCCGCUCCCCGCUGCCCUCCAUGGUGACGCAUCGCACGCUGAGCCCCAACUUUUCCAGCUGACGCUCGCUCUGCAGAAUUGGUCUGAUGGAGCAAAGGCACUCAGCGCAGCUCGGUACAAUAAGGAAACAAUGCGACCAGAAUGCAAACAUCACUGAUCGUACUGGAAACUUGACACAGCACCAGAGAACACACACAGGAGAGAAACCCUUAAAGUGCAGUGUGUGUGGGAAGGCAUUUUCAGAUUCAUCUACUCUUAAACAACACCAGAGAACACACACAGGAAAGAAACCUUUCAAGUGCACUCUGUGUGGGAAGUUGUUUGCAAAGCCAUCAAAUCUUAAGACCCACCAGAGAACACACACAGGAGAAAAACCUUUUAAGUGCACUCUGUGUGAGAAGGCAUUUUCAGAUUCAUCUACUCUUAAACAACACCAGAGAACACACACAGGAAAGAAACCUUUCAAGUGCACUGUGUGUGAGAAGGCGUUUGCACAGUCACCAAAUCUUCAAAGACACCAGAGAACACACACAGGAGAGAAACCUUUCAAGUGCACUGUGUGUGAGGAGGCAUUUGCAUGGUCAUCCUAUCUUAAAUCACACCAGAGAACACACACAGGAGAGACACCUUUUAAGUGCACUCUGUGUGGAAAGGCGUUGGCAAAGUCAUCAAAUCUUAAGAUCCACCAGAGAACACACACAGGAGAGAAACCUUUUAAGUGCACUUUGUGUGGGAAGGCGUUUGCAAUGUCAUCAAAUCUUAAGACCCACCAGAAAACACACACAGGAGAGAAACCUUUUAAGUGCACUCUGUGUGGGAAGGCAUUUGCAAAGUCAUCAACUCUUCAGACCCACCAGAGAACACACACAGGAGAUAAGCCCUUCAAGUGCAGUGUGUGUGGGAAGGCAUUUUUUGAUUCAUCUACUCUUAAACAACAUCAGAGAACACACACAGGAAAGAAACCUUUCAAGUGCACUGUGUGUGAGAAGGCGUUUGCACAGUCACCAAAUCUUCAAAGACACCAGAGAACACACACAGGAGAGAAACCUUUCAAGUGCACUGUGUGUGAGGAGGCAUUUGCAUGGUCAUCCUAUCUUAAAUCACACCAGAGAACACACACAGGAGAGACACCUUUUAAGUGCACUCUGUGUGGAAAGGCGUUGGCAAAGUCAUCAAAUCUUAAGAUCCACCAGAGAACACACACAGGAGAGAAACCUUUUAAGUGCACUUUGUGUGGGAAGGCGUUUGCAAUGUCAUCAAAUCUUAAGACCCACCAGAAAACACACACAGGAGAGAAACCUUUUAAGUGCACUCUGUGUGGGAAGGCAUUUGCAAAGUCAUCAACUCUUCAGACCCACCAGAGAACACACACAGGAGAUAAGCCCUUCAAGUGCAGUGUGUGUGGGAAGGCAUUUUUUGAUUCAUCUACUCUUAAACAACAUCAGAGAACACACACAGGAAAGAAACCUUUCAAGUGCACUGUGUGUGAGAAGGCGUUUGCACGGUUACCACAUCUUCAAAGACACCAGAGAACACACACAGGAGAGAAACAUUUCAAGUGCAUUGUGUGUGGGAAGGCGUUUGCACAGUCAUCACAUCUUCAAAGACACCAGAGAACACACACAGGAGAGAAACCCUUCAAGUGCACUGUGUGUGAGAAGGCAUUUUCAUGGUCGUCAUAUCUUCAGACCCACCAGAGAACACACACAGGAGAUAAGCCCUUCAAGUGCAGAGAGAUGCCCUUCAAGUGCAGUGUGUGUGAGAAGGCAUUUUCAGAUUCAUCUACUCUUAAACAACACCAGAGAACACACACAGGAGAGAAACCUUUUAAGUGCACUCUGUGUGGGAAGGCGUUUGCAAAGUCAUCAAAUCUUCAGACCCAUCAGAGAAUACACACAGGAGAUAAACCCUUCAAGUGCAGUGUGUGUGGGAAGGUAUUUCCAGAUUCAUCUACUCUUAAACAACACCAGAGAACACACACAGGAGAGAAACAUUUCAAGUGCAUUGUGUGUGACAAGGCGUUUGCAAAGUCAUCAAUUCUUAAAUCACACCAGAGAACACACACAGGAGAGAAACCUUUCAAGUGCACUCUGUGUGGGAAGGUGUUUGCAAAGUCAUCAAAUCUUAAAAAACACCAGAGAACACACACGCAUCAGAAAAUCCACAAGAAGUGUAAUCUGAAAUCAGCUUGUGAAAGUCAAAGUGCUGCAAUGACCCCAUUGUUCAUGAAACAAGAACCAGAAGACAACCCCAGCCUGGACACUUUGAAAGGUAUCAAGGUGAAAUAUGAAGAGGCGAAGGUGAAAUGUGAAGAAGUAGCAGUGAAGAGCGUAGAAGUGAAGGUUAAAUUUGAAGAUGAUUCAACUCCAAAAUCGGACCUUCACAUAGAUGGAGGCAGUGUGAAGCAGGAACUAAAUUCUGACUGUGAGGCAGAGCGAGGCAACUCCCAGGAGUUUGUGGAUGUGGAGGUGUGGGUGGACUUCUUAGACAAUACAAAGUCAAAUGGAGACCAGGGAGAUGUGCAAGCUUGAGACAAUUAAGCUCCAAUGGAUGCACCUUUGUCACAGACCUUUCUAAUGAAUAUAAUGUGAAGUUGAACACUCAAUUUCUAGGUUCAAACUGCAGUGUAAGAGUGGCCAGUAUUUGUGGAUCUGUGGGUUGGGUCGUUCUCGAAUCCGGAGCGACUCAUGUUUUUUGUAUCAUAUCUCAUCUUAGACACUCGAUGGGUGCCCAAAAUGGGCAUCUGCCCCUGUGUGCCACAAGGUGACCGUUCACUGGCCUGCAUGUGGAUAUGAGUUUGUAAGUCGGGGGCGAUGAUUGAUAUGCCAGUCGGAUUUGAACCUUGAACCUCUGCAACAAAUAGAGAAUGUACUACUACUUGGCUUCCCUUUAUGAGAGUGCGGCACAUAUAGGCCUAAUCUCGUCAGAUCAACUAGUAAAUACGUUGCAACGUGACGCAGUACAUUUCAGUAUAGUAAUAAAACGUUGCCAAUGUGCCCUUUGAUUAUUUUGAAUCAUAAUUGAAAGAAUACCUGUCUGAUUUUGUACGUACAUACAACAUUUUGUGUAUUAAUGUCAAACAUGGAAUAUGUGAUGUCAGGACGUGGGCGAUCUGGGGACUGUCUCUCACGAGAUGUCCCCAUUGGUCGCAUAGAUAGCACGCACGGGGAAGGGCGGUGGCUCCAUAAGAGGCCCCUUGCCUACUUCCCCUUACCCUCCCAGUGCGCAUUUGUUUGAGUUCUGCCUCUUAUUGAGAUACUCACCUGGUUAGCCCCCCGACCAUGGAGCGUAGCCCUCCCACCUCGGACUGGACUAUCUCCGCUGUGGACUGCAGCUUGGUCACAUUCAGGUGUACUUGCGUCACCUCCCCGCAUACU